AUGAAAGAAUUGAUUGAAAGUCUGCAAAAAUGGCUCAAAAGAAACAAGACGGACGACGCCUCUCCCGCUGACAGGGGGAACACACGGACAAGAGAGAGGCACUGGUAUUCAAAAGGAAAGAGGGAGAACGUGCGUGAACCUAGAGCUCCUUCCUGUCUUUUCUGUCGAGCGGGCACUGGGGGGAAUCCUGCAAUGUUUACAACACCUCAGAGAAAAAACGUAAUUUAUUUCACGAAAAUGGAUUGUGUUACAACUGCGGGCAUGAGGGUCAUGGGGCAAACCACUGUCGAAGUCGCCCAUGUUUCAAGUGCAAGUUGGGAUACCACACAAGCCUUUACGACAAACCAUCAGUAA